AUGCUCCACUUGGUCGACAGUGCCAGCUUGCGACGCCCAUCGCUCAAGCCGCGAGCGCAACAGAUGAUUGGGAACCAUGCCUGGCACAAGGCGCCCGACUUCCCCUCAUUCCGUAUACCAACAGGUCGCACACGCGGAACCUGUCCACCACGCUCAUGGGCUGCAGGCCAGUGGGUUCCUAAGCCACCCCCGACGAACAGGACCGACUUCACGAAGCCGCAAGACGCAUACGAGUUCCUUGGCUUCCAAGGCUGCGCUAGCUCUCGCGAGCACUGGUGGCAUCUCGCCGCUGACAACGAGAAACUGUACGACCGGUUUCCCGGAGUCGCAUCAUGGGACUGGGCGACCCCGUCUGACUGUGAGGUUCGGCCGCUGAACCCGUCGGCGAUCGUCAGGGACCUUGUCGAGCAAGGCGGUUGGCUCCUCAUUGGUGAUUCGGUGACUGAGAAUCACUUCUUCUCGCUGUCGUGUCUCCUUUACCCGCACGUCCGUGCAACGCCGGACUACAACGAGAACCCGUACUAUGACCGCGGCUAUCCGCAGAAUCUUUAUCUGGAGCCAUCGUCUCCUCUCGUACACUCAAUCAAAUUUCCGCGUGGCUUCGACAUCGAGAAGACGCCGCUCGUCACUUUCCGCCGGAUAGACCUCCUUCUCGAGCAGCCGCAGCUCGACCACAUCUACCACUCGCUACACCCGGACUCGCAGUAUGUCUCCGCGAACCAGAGCAUCUUCAGCGACGAGGCGACCUGGAACACGUCCCCGCAAGAGUAUGCCAAGAUCUUCACGUCCCCGCUUCCUGAAGGCAACUACGGGACGAUGAUCGUCAGCACCGGUGGACACUGGACGACGACGCUCUUCAGCGGGCUGAAGGACGAGAGCAUGUUCAAGGACGGCAUUCAGAACGUCAUCGACUUCUUUGGCGAGGCGAUGGAGGUAUGGGCUCGGGAGGUGCAGAGCCUGCUAGACGACGCCCAGGAGGAGGAGUGGAGGAAGUUGAGGAACAAGAUCGGGCGCCUUACCGGAGGCUCUAAGCGCUCUCGACAGGUCGUCGUACGCGCGUACCUCCCCGGCCACGAAGACUGCCACAACUACAGGGCUCCCAUCGAGACGUAUAGCAAGGGCCGCUGGGGUUGGUACAACUGGAACCAAAUCGAUCUGUACAACGAUGCGUUCGAGGCGGUCCUGGAGUCGCGCAAGUUCCCCGACAUCCACUUCCUCCCUAUCGACAGACCGGCACUGCUCCGACCGGACGCCCAUUCGGCGGGUGACUGUCUGCACAUCAUGUCCGGUGCGGGCGUGCUCGAGGGCUGGACGCACUACAUCUGGCACUACGUCACUCGCGAACUCCCAGGGCGCAUCCGGUAAUGCACUCGGUUCCGUGCGCGACCGUCCCGCGUGCUUGCCCAUGGGGACGGCAUGGGGGACGCAUGUUUCUGACGUCAACGCUCAGUCGUCGAAAUCGACCUUCGAUAUGGAAUCGCGUGUCGGGUCCGACGAGUAUACGCGACGCCACCCAUACAUUCGCUUUCUGCCUACCCCAGAAACUCGACUUACACCAUGCGAACGUUGUCCGUUCGUUCACAUCAUCGCGAGUCGUCGCAUGCUAGUGCUCAUGGCCCCACGUCAUCCUAUUCCUCCAUCUCCAACAGUUGCAUAUACUUACGCAUACCCCCAUCUACUCCUUCCCCCGCUUUCGCGAACAUUACUACACCUCCCACGUCAUCUUGGAUCCCCUCUCUACCACGCCGUUCGAGCACAGUUUGCCUUGCAUCCAUUCCCAUUCCAGCGGCCGACAUCCUACUUCGUGCGCUAUCCCUAAAUUGCUCUGUCCCCACUACAUCACCUGCUCCAUCUACCACAAGACCUCC